AUGAAGGAUUUUCAAAUCUAUCUUUCAACAGCUCCAGUACUUGCUGCUCUCUAUUUCAGUUUUAUUGCUGGUCUCUUGAUUGAAUUAAAUCGUUUUUUCCCUGAUGCUCUUACAUUCCCAUUAUUCUAA